AUGGCCUCUGCACUGAGCUAUGUCUCCAAGUUCAAGUCCUUCGUGAUCUUGUUCCUCACCCCGAUCCUGCUGCUGCCACUCAUCAUUCUGAUGCCCGCCAAGUUUGUCAGGUGUGCCUACAUCAUCAUCAUCAUGGCCGUUUACUGGUGCACAGAAGUCAUCCCCCUGGCUGUCACCGCCCUCCUGCCUGCCUUGCUUUUCCCACUCUUCAAGAUUCUGGACUCCAAGCAGGUGAGCAUCCAGUACAUGAAGGAUACCAACAUGCUGUUCCUUGGCGGUCUCAUCGUGGCUGUGGCUGUGGAGCACUGGAACCUGCACAAGAGGAUUGCUCUGCGCACGCUCCUCUGGGUGGGGACCAAGCCUGCACAGCUGAUGCUGGGCUUUAUGGGCGCCACGGCCUUUCUCUCCAUGUGGAUCAGCAACACGGCCACCACGGCCAUGAUGGUGCCCAUCGUGGAGGCCGUGUUGCAGCAGAUGGAGGCCACGAGUGCAGCCACCGAGGCCAGCCUGGGGACCCUGGAGCUGGCAGAAAAGGGCAAGGCCGGCGAGCUGCCAGGGAACCAAGCAACUCUGGAAGGUCCCUCUGCGAGGCAGCAGGAGGUCAACAGGAAGAAAGUGUGCAAGGCCCUGACCCUGUGCAUAUGUUACUCGGCCAGCAUUGGAGGCACUGCCACCCUGACGGGGACCGGACCCAACGUGGUGCUCCUGGGCCAGAUGCAAGAGUUGUUUCCAGACAGCAAAGACAUCGUGAACUUCGCCUCCUGGUUCGGAUUCGCCUUCCCCAACAUGCUGAUCAUGCUCCUGCUCUCCUGGUUUUGGCUCCGCUUCAUGUACAUGAGAUUCGAUCUGUCCUGGGGCUGCAGCCUGGAAAAGAAGAGCGAGGAGAAGUCUGCGCACGAGGUGCUGUGGGCGGAGUACAGGAAGCUGGGGCCCCUCUCCUUCGCUGAGAUCAACGUCCUGCUCUGCUUCUUUCUGCUGGUCGGCCUGUGGUUCACCCGGGACCCCGGCUUCAUGCCCGGCUGGGUGUCGAUCGCCUGGGCAGAGGGAAAGACAAAGUACGCCUCCGAUGCCACCGUGGCCAUCUUUGUGGCCAUCUUGCUGUUCAUCAUGCCUUCGCAGAAGCCCAAGUUCAACUUCUGCAGCCAGACCGAGGAAGAAAGGAAAACUCCAUUCUAUCCACCCCCACUGCUGAAUUGGAAGGUGGCCCAGGAGAAAGUGCCCUGGGGGAUCGUGCUUCUCCUGGGGGGCGGCUUCGCUGUGGCUAAAGGAUGCGAGGCUUCGGGGCUAUCAGAAUGGAUGGGGAAGCAGAUGGAGCCCUUGCACACCGUGUCCCCGACAGCCAUCACCUUGAUCAUGUCCUCACUCAUUGCUGUGCUCACGGAGUGCACAAGCAACGUGGCCACCACCACCCUGUUCCUGCCCAUCUUUGCCUCCAUGUCACGUUCCAUUGGCCUCAACCCGCUGUACAUCAUGAUCCCCUGCACGCUGAGUUCAUCCUUUGCCUUCAUGUUGCCCGUGGCUACCCCGCCUAACGCCAUCGUGUUUUCCUAUGGACACCUCAAGGUUUCCGACAUGAUGAAAACAGGACUAAUAAUGAACGUCAUUGGAAUCACCUGUUCAUUUUUGGCCAUCAACACCUGGGGACGGGUCAUAUUUGACUUGGACCAAUUCCCUGCCUGGGCUAAUGUGACAGCACAUUGAGACUUUGGAAGAGUUGCAAGACCAUGCCCACGGCCCCCACCC